AUGGCAGACGUUCAGUCCUCGCAGCAACUACAUCAGCAUCGCAUCCGGAAGAGGCGGAGACGCACCAUCGCAUGUUCCCAGUGCCGGAGCAGGAAACUGCGUUGCGAUCGGGAGUAUCCAACCUGUGGGCGGUGUCUGAAGAGCAAGACGCCCACCAAAUGUUGCUACGAAGAUGGCUUUCUAUGGCAGCAACCAAGUACGGUGGCUUCCUCUGCUGUCCCCGAACCAGCGCCGACCGGAACUGCACCGACGCACCAGGUUGAUCGCCCGGUUGCGCACCCGACCCCAGACUCGGGGAUAAGCAGGGCAUCGGCUCGGCCUCAAGGGUUGAAGUGCGCGGAUGCACGCCCACUCGAGGAAAAGCGGGAUCGCUUCUUGGAAACCGUCCUAGGGCCCCCCAAAGCCGCCGUCAAUCAGGAUUGUCUAAAUAGCACGGAGCUGUUGCGUCGCCACAGGCACCAUUCAGUUCAUAAUCCGGACUCGCGUCCCAACUCGCUAGAUGGUGAUGAUGAGGAAUAUAGUCCAGUGUCUCCGUCGCAGCCACUAGCCCUUACCCCUAGGAUUAUGAUGAGAGGUCGAGAAACCAAGACCCGGUAUAAUGGCUCCGGGGUCUUCGCAAAUCUUAUUGCACAGUUUCCGGACCUUAGAUCAUUCGCAGAGGAAGUUCAGGUUUCUAACCCCCAUCUCUCUGCACUCCGUCCUGAUCUAACGAGGGUGACUCGGGGCCUUUGGAAAAAUCACCCUCUGAGUGCGCCGGUCCCUGACCCGGAUACAGCUGUAUUGCUCGCCUUACUCCCUUGUCGACCGGUUGUGGAUGAAUUGGUGGCUUUAUUUCUCACGCAUGUUGAGUCCACCCAUCGGAUUCUUCACGUGCCUUCCUUCCGGAGGGAAUUGGAUGAGUUCUGGGCCCAGAAGUCCAGCUUGGACCUUGUUGGCCCGACAUUUGUAGUCCAGCUACUUCUGAUUCUUGCAUGUGCUUGGAAUUUGGCGGAUCCCAGUGUCCUCGAACGCAAGAACGGGUCUAUGCUCAAAUGCUUCACCGCGAUAGAAUGGAUCUUGUGUGCAGAAAAGUGGAUCGAGAACGCGAGCAUAAAACGGUCGGAUAUUACGGUUCUCCGCUUACACGUUCUUUUAAUCAUCGCGCAAAAUAGCUUUGGGAUGAAACGCAGCAAGGCCUGGAUCUCUACGUCAACGCUGGUGAAACAAGCCAUGUUGGCUGGGUACCACCGAGACCCGAACGUGUACACCAAGAUCUCUCCGUUCAACAAGGAGAUGCGGCGGCGCGUAUGGGCCACCAUUGUGGAGUUGGAUCUUCAGGUGUCCUUUGAGCGGGGGAUGCCACCGUCUUUGCAAGAGUCAGACUAUGACACGGCGCCGCCUUCGAAUAUUAAUGACAAUGAGCUCCAGCCCAACAGCGAGGCGCUUCCUCCCGCGCGACCACUGGAUGGUGAAAUCACCGAUAGUUCGUUCCAGGCGGUUCUCUCCCAGUCCCUUCCGCUACGACUCAAAGCCUGUGCUUUGAUGCAUUCUCCACGGAUCCGAUGUCGGUACGAAGAGAUCAUGCGCCUGGAUUGGGAGCUCAACCGGCGUCUCGCGAGGAUACCGCCGUGGCCGAUCGCUGAACACGGCGAUGCGUCGAUUGGGGACAAAGUGGCUUUAAUGAAAGCUAUGCUAGAGAACAAAAUAGGGCUGAGCCUUUUGUCGAUCCACACCCCAUUUGCAAUCGAGGCCGCCCGGGACACCCUUUUUGCCCCGUCUGCGCGGAGUCGUCUGGAGGUGGUCACGAUGAUGCUGUCGACGCAACGACGACUUCAUGAGAGAUCGCGAUCGCUAUCGCUCUACAAUCUUGGGGAUUGGACUGUGCAAGCUUACUGUUCCAUUUGCCAGCUACUUCACGAAGAGACGGUCAGUCGGGGGGCUUAUUCGACGUCUCUCAUUCACACCCUUCCAGGACUCCCCGAGUCCUUGAUAUCUUUGGUGGAAGUUGCUCUCACCUGUUUUGAAGCACGGCAACUUCUCGUCAUCAAGGGCGCCAAAGAGUACUUUUUCAUGUCCACGAUCCUGGCUCUCGUUAAGAGCAAACUAUGGCCCAACCAGGCAGCGGUUUACAAGCAGGAAGUGGUGGAGCGAGUGAUUUCGUUCGCGCAGACACUUUUUACACGACACUCCAGCUGUGCGCAUCUUGGGGAAUGGGGGAUGGGGAGUUUCAAAACAAAUCAAGUCCCGAACUUGAAUACCGGGCAUGGAGCAACGCAGCAGCCCUUGGUCCCUGAAUUUAGUGUUCCACUGCCGGAGGAUCUUGGACUGAUGGCCUCUGGAGAAUUGGAUCCUUUCUUGGAUGCCUUUGAUUGGGGGGAGUUGACGAGCCUUAUAUUUGAGUAG